GGGAAUUAUGCAAUGUCUGGAUGAUUCUUUCAUGGAACCUUAGAUAAGAUGAACUCUUUCUAUUCUGUUGAGAUAUUGUCAAUUUCUAUGCUGGAAAACAUUCCUCAAUAGCCUACGAGAAGCUAGUAAUAUCCUGGCUAGCAGUGACAGUGUGGUUUGCAUGGUUACGUGGUAUACAGGAGAUAGGCUACUGCACCGUUAAAACGAUCAGAUAUACACUUGCUAUGCAUAUGUAUAUAUAUGCGCAGCUCAGAUAGUUUUUUUUUGCACUGUUGAAUUAUUUCAAUAGACACGUAAAAUAACGUAAAAAUGACCAUGGGACGCUUCGGAGAAAACGCCAACUUUCGUCCGUUGUCAAGUGGGCAAACACUCGUGAAACGCGACUCGUACCAGAUACUUGACAUUGAGAUUGACAGAGGCAUUGAAACAUGUGGCACUAAUCUAUGUGAUGCUCACGAGAAAGAGAUACCCCUGUUCAAGUACAAUGAAAUACCAGACUUCCUGCAAGGCAAUCCAUAUGUGGUCAAAGGUUACAGGGUGUUUCUACCAUUUAGUUUGUGCUUGAAAAGCUUGUUUGUCUGGAACAAUGAGACAAUCAACAUCUGGUCUCACCUGUUGGGCUUUAUUGCUUUCUUCUUUCUGAUGUUUUAUGACAACUUCAUUGUGUUGCCGAUAUUUAAAACAUCUUACACUGAUCAUGUUAUAGUCACCCUGGGGCUCUUCUGUUAUCAGUUCUGUAUGCUGUGUUCAACGGGUUUCCACAUGUUCGCAUGCCAUUCUGAAAGAGCGAGUAAACGAUGGCUAGCUAUAGACCUGACUGGGAUCUCUAUAGGAGUGAUAGGCUGUUAUUUACCAGCUGUCCAUUAUGCUUUUUACUGUCUUUCUAUUUGGCGUGAUAUCUACUUAUUUAUCAUCACCUGUUUAUCAAUAUCAACCUUUUUGAUGAUGCAAAACCCCAGAUACUUUUCACAUGAGUGGAGUAAUAAACGUAUAUUGGUAUAUGUGGGACUCGGAGCCUAUGGAGUCAUCCCUACUGUACACUGGAUAUAUCUAAAUGGAGGCAUAUCAGCUGAUAUAGUACAGUUAUUUGUGCCAAAGGUAUUUGUAAUGUACAGUCUUGGUGUGUUGGCUUUAGGAUUUUACCUCACCAAAUUCCCAGAGCGCUUUGUUCCAGGCCUGUUUGACUUUGUGGGAUCCAGUCAUCAAUGGUGGCAUGUUAUAGUUGUUGCAGCCUUUACGUUCUGGCACUAUGCUGGACAAGACAUAUUGUUGUAUCGUCUCAACCACCCAUGUCAUUAGAGACCAGACAUAUUGUUGUAUUGUCUCAACCACCCAUGUCAUUAGAGACCAGACAUAUUGUUGUAUCGUCUCAACCACCCAUGUCAUUAGAGACCAGACAUAUUGUUGUACCAUGUUAAGUAUUAAAGGAGAGUUGAGUGUACAAACAACAAACAGUAGGGCAGUUGGACAUGUUUUAGUGUCAACAAACAGUAGGGUGGGUGAACAGAAAUGAACAGAAGGACAGGAUGUGAUAGAGUCCAGGUAUU